GUAUGUAACAGGUCAUAUCUGGGCAUGCCCUCCAAGUGAAGGAGAUGAUUACAUUUUCCAUUGUCAUCCAUUAGACCAAAAAAUACCAAAGCCUAAGCGACUGCAGGAAUGGUACAAAAAAAUGCUGGAUAAAGCUUUUGCAGAACGAAUAAUUCAUGACUACAAGGAUAUAUUCAAACAAGCAACUGAGGAUCGGUUGACAAGUGCAAAGGACUUGCCUUACUUUGAAGGGGAUUUCUGGCCCAAUAUGAUAGAAGAAAGCAUUAAAGAACUCGAACAAGAAGAAGAGGAACGUAAAAAAGAGGAAAACACAGGUGCCUGUGAGACACACGAAGGAAUUACUGGAGAUGCUAAAAAUGCCAAGAAGAAGAACAACAAGAAGACUAAUAAGAAUAAAAGUAGCAUUAGUCGUGCCAACAAAAAGAAGUCUGGGAUGCCAAACAUGUCUAAUGAUCUGUCUCAGAAGAUAUAUGCAACAAUGGAAAAGCACAAGGAGGUGUUUUUUGUCAUCCACCUUCAUUCAGGCCCAGUUAUCAACACGCUGCCUCAGAUAAUUGAUCCAGAUCCUCUUCUUGCUUGCGACUUAAUGGAUGGUCGUGAUGCCUUUCUAACACUGGCUCGUGACAAGCAUUGGGAAUUUUCCUCACUACGUCGCUCCAAAUGGUCCACAAUGUGUAUGCUGGUAGAGCUGCAUAAUCAAGGGCAGGAUCGCUUUGUUUACACCUGUAAUGAGUGCAAGCACCAUGUGGAGACCCGGUGGCACUGUACUGUUUGUGAGGAUUAUGAUCUAUGUGUCAGCUGCUAUAACACUAAAGGGCAUGAACACAAGAUGGUUAAAUGGGGCCUUGGACUCGACGACGAGAGCAAUGGUCAAGGAGGUGAGGCCUCCAAGAGCCCGCAAGAGAGCCGUCGCCUGAGUAUUCAACGCUGUAUUCAGUCACUGGUGCAUGCUUGUCAGUGCCGCAAUGCCAAUUGUUCACUUCCAGCCUGCCAGAAGAUGAAACGGGUUGUGCAGCAUACAAAAGGCUGCAAGCGUAAGACUAAUGGAGGCUGUCCAGUCUGCAAACAGCUUAUUGCCUUAUGCUGUUACCAUGCUAAGCAUUGCCAAGAGAAUAAGUGUCCAGUUCCCUUCUGCUUAAACAUUAAACAUAAGUUACGUCAGCAGCAGCUCCAACACCGGCUGCAGCAGGCGCAGAUGAUACGCCGCAGAAUGGCUACUAUGCAGGGCCGAGGAGGAACUGUUAACCUUCCUUCUCCAAGCACUCGAACACCUCAACCCCAGCCCAGUCUCCCUCCAAACCAUCUGCAGCCUGCUGCUCAUGCUAGCCUUCCUCCAACGCCCUGCAGUCAGCCUCCUAAUGUUGUCACCCAAGGGAAACCAGUGCACAUGGCACCCUCCACUCUCCAGCAGAUCCCUCCAUCACUUCCUCCACCUCCUGCCACAGCUGUGGAAGCGGCCAAGCAGAUUGAACUCGAGGCCCAGAAGCAGAAACAAAUGUUCUGUGGGAGUAAUAUCAAUGGACUUCCUUCUGGUCAUUCAGGGAUUACGGGACCAGUGCAGCCCACAACAAUGCUGGCUUCAGCACAUGGCUCUGCCACCAUUCCUAUUGCACCACCCACAAGUCAGUGGCCCCGUCCCACUGCACCACAGCCACACCCUACACAGACUGUGACAACACGUCCGCAGAUUCCAGUUUCUCAGCCUUCCAUCUCCCAAAGUGUUAUGCAGCCACAGGCCAAGAUGUCAGGGGCUGUUCAAUCCCAGUUACCUCCACAGCAGCAACCACCUCCGAGGUUUGCAGUGGGCAGCAUCACCCACACAGCUCUGCAGGACUUGCUGCGUACUCUCAAAUCUCCUAGCUCACCUCAGCAACAGCAGCAGGUUCUCAAUAUCCUUAAAUCUAAUCCUCAACUCAUGGCAGCUUUCAUUAAGCAGAGGACAGCAAAGUACCAAGCCAGCCAAGCCCAGACACCAACACCUGCACAAGGUAUUCAUCCUCAGCAAAGAACUAGCACAUCCCCUGCUGUUUCUCCAGGAACAGGGGGUGUUGGGGCCCCGUCAUCACUUGUGACCACUGGGCACAAUCCUAUGAGUAGCCCACAGUAUCGAGAAAUGAAGCGAAGACAACUGAUGCAGCAACAAGGUUCCAUGACCCAGGGGCCUGGUCACUUCCCACAAGCCCCUACCACGUACUCACAAGCAAUGCAGCAGCGACUCACCAUGCAAAGUGGUGGACAGCACUCCUCUUCCUCCAUUGGGCCAGUUGGUCAAGAUGGAUCAACUAGUCUCCAGCAAGCCUUACAGCAGCGCCUAAUGUCUACUAUCACAAAUCCCCAACAGCACUCACUGGCAGGACAACCUCAGAGUAUGCAGCCAAUAGCAGCCCUCGGCAAACAGGUGUGUUCCCCAGGAAUGGUGUCAUCUCCUCGACCCUCGUCUCAACCUCUUCCACAUUCCAGCCCAUCACCAAGAAUUUCACUUCAGUCGUCUCCCCAGACGUCAUCUCUACACCCUUUGGAACAAGGGCACCUUGGAUCAAGAGAGCAGAGUGCCAUGCUUCCACAGCUUCACACACCCAACAGGGGGGUCCUGUCCGGUGAUCUGGGACUGCUGGAAGACGCCAGCACGGAGGAAAAGCUUGAGAAGCUUGUGGAGGACUUGUAGCAGUAAAGGACCAUAAAAACGGAUGCAUUUAUUAGGCUUCUAAAUAUUUUCUACUGAGAUUUCCUAUUCAAAUGUUUCAAAGUUGGCACAUUUAAUAUUUCCCAAAAUGCAGAGCUGCAGUUUUCCUGGGCACUGAGGGAUAUGUGAUGUGGCCAGUUUAAAAACAAAAAGAAGUAGGGGAACUAUAAACUUACAAUUAUAUCAUAAGGCAUAGUUUGAAUCCUAUCAAUUUUUUCGGUUAUUUGGGGUCUUUGUUUCCUUUUUUUCCAAGUCAUCGUUUUAAAUGCAAAUAUAUUUUUUAUUUUGCAAAUGUAAUUUUUUUGUUAAAUGAAAGGAACGGUCAUUGAAUACUUUUGUGUCUGGGGAAUUUUCUCAGGCAGUUGUUUGCCUUUUCCUGUUGCUGAUGCAUUUCUGGUAUCCAUUUAUACGCCGGGGGUUCUGUGAUGGCACCCUUGUAGGGAGUGAUGCUUGAGCUCUUCUGUUCCGUUUGGCAAAUCUGCACAAAGUGUAUUAGAUGUUCCAGUUUUAAAGAUGGGAGCACAGACUGGUGAUCCAAAACACGGCUGACAACAAGACAUACAAGCAGGCGAAAAGAUGGUUGCUUUGCUUCUCUUUGUGAGUUGUCUCUGACCACGCAUCUGUUGUCCUGUUUAAGGCACACAUCAUGUGGCAUUCACAAAUACAAUAUCUUCAUCUUGCAGUAA